AUGCUUCCCCUCCCCGCGUCGGCUUGGUCUCUCGGCCCGCCUCCUUCCCGAGCACGCACGCCCCCUCUUCCUCGUCCGCUCCGCUCCGCUCCUGGGUUGCCGUGGAGCGCGGGGGGUUCCAUUCCACCCCACCCCUAUCCGAACCCCCGCGCCGCCGGCGCGUCGGUUCCUUCGUCUCCCGGGCUCAAGAUGAUUGGUUCAUUCAUUACCGGAGUGCUAACGCUUGUUCUCGGAUACGCGUACCCAGCCUACGACUGCUACAAGACGGUGGAGCUGAACAGGCCUGAGGCCGAGCAGCUGCGGUUCUGGUGUCAGUACUGGUUCGUAAGGGCGCCCUUCCGCUUUGAUGCAGACUUUGCAUAUGCGGAUUUUACUCGCUUUCUCACCGUACUGGAGAGAGUUGGGGAAAGUUUCGUGUCAUGGUUGCCAAUGUACAGUGAAGCAAAGUUGGCAUUUAUCGUGUACUUGUGGUAUCCAAAGACACGGCCAUACAUUGCAAAACAUGAAACUGAGAUUGAUCGAAAUCUGCUUGAGUUGAGUACAAGAGCUGGUGACAUGGUAGUUCUUUAUUACGAGAAGGUUGCAAACUACGAUCAGCCCAGCUCCGAUGAAAUUUUGCAGUAUAUUGCCUCACAGUCAGAGAGUGAAAGAUCUCGCCCUCAGCAUGAGGUCUCUCUGGCAGCCAUAUUGCUGCGUGUUUUUGGUUGCAUGGGCAUCCUGAUAAGUCCAAUGGGUUAUUGGAUAUUUGGAUUGCAUUCUGCAAACUUUAAGAAGAGGAUAGCAGACAGCCAUAUUGUUCUUUCCUCAAGAAAAGAACUAUUGCUAAUUUCACCAUGUGAUUUUCUGUUCAUUCUAUUGACAAAUCAUGUUCCUUUCAUGAUUGUUGCCGCUGACUGCACAGCAACAGCAGCAGCGCCCACCACCGCCACGGACUCGGCAAGUGAACCCUGCACCUCCACCUGUUCCCGCACCAUCCGCGCCCCGAUGCCACCACAGCCUGCCCAAGCUCAAGUUCCUCCCACUCCACCAAGGCCCCCAGUUCCAGUGGCCCCUCCUGGUGCAGUGCCUCCUGCCCAGCCACAGCCAGCACCUGCUCCUGAAGCCGCUGCUACCAAAGGUCCUCAGGACACUGAAGCCAUGCAAGUCGACCCACCCCGUCCGUCAGUGAGCGGCGCACCGCCACCACUACCACCUGUGGAGACGCUCAUCGAGGAGGCGAUCCAGCUGACGCGGGCCGGCUCAGGAGGCGCUUGGCUGGAGGAUCUGGACUACCGCCAAUUAGCAUCACCAAGGUUCAUAUCACACCUAAUCGCUCCACACUGGGCUGGUUCUGGUGCUUGA